UGGAGGGCUGAAAGCAGCCGCAGGCGGCGCAAGGUCCCCUACGGGGGCGAAGGGGCGGUGGCGGCCGGGCUAGGUCUGGCCGCGCGGACCGAGCUCCUGGCUUGGGCAGGUCCCAGCCACAGGGCAGCCAUGAGCCUGGUAGCCUGCGAGGGCCACCCUGGCCCUCGCUUGGAGCCCGAACCCUGCUCACGAGCACGUUCCCAGGCCCGAGUGUACCUGGAACAGAUUCGCAACCGAGUGGCUCCAGGGGGCCCUGAUGUGACCAAGCGCGACUACCUGGUGGAUGCAGCCACACAAAUCCGGCUGGCCCUGGAGCGUGAUGUCAGUGAGGACUACGAGGCAGCUUUCAACCACUACCAGAACGGUGUGGACGUUCUGCUCCGAGGCGUGCACGUCGAUCCCAACAAGGAGAGAUGCGAGGCUGUAAAGCUGAAAAUUAACAAGUACCUGCGGCGGGCAGAAGAGAUCUUUAAUUGCCACCUGCAGAGGACGCUGGGCAGUGGAGCCAGUCCUGGCACGGGUUUCAGCAGCCUGAGGCUCCGGCCCAUCCGCACACUGAGUUCAGCCCUGGAGCAGCUGAGGGGCUGCAGGGUGGUCGGAGUCAUCGAGAAGGUGCAGCUAGUCCAGGACCCAGCGACUGGAGGGACCUUCGUGGUGAAGAGCCUGUCCAGGUGCCCUGUGGCGAGCCGGGAGCGGCUGACCAUCAUCCCGCAUGGCGUCCCCUACAUGACCAAGCUGCUGCGGUAUUUUGUGAGCGAGGACUCCAUCUUCCUGCACCUGGAGCAUGUGCAAGGAGGCACUCUCUGGUCCCACCUGCUCUCCCAGCUGCACCCCCAGCAGUCUGGGACUAGCUCUGGCUCCAGCCUGGAGAGGAUGAAAGCUCAGCUCAACUCCCGCCUCAGCCUCCAGACCCCAGUGCGGACCCCAGUGCGGUUCCCCCAGGGCCACACCCGCCGGCAGGACGGAAUCCCCCCGAAGCCUUCACGGACUUCUCAGAGCCUCACCCCAGCCUGGGGGCCUGCAUCCCUCAGACCCCAGAGAGAGGCUGAAGGUGAACUCUCAGCCAGGACCAGCCCUUCCCAUUCCUCAGACCUUCCAAGGGCUCCAAGUGGCCACCUGCACCCCCAAGCCAGGAGGGGACCUGGCCAAAGCUCGGACACAGGGUCCGCUUGGGGGAUCCCUUGGGUUCGCGCAGGGGCUGGCCGGGUGCUGGGGGGUUGUGGCCGAGGCAGAGGUGAGAGCCGCCCCUCGGCUGAUGGGGCCAGCCCAGUGUCCAGCGGUGGCGCCUGGAGCGUGAGGGAAGAGCAGGUGAAGCAGUGGGCGGCUGAGACACUGGUGGCACUGGAGGCGCUGCACGAGCAGGGGGUGCUGUGCCGGGACCUCAAUCCCCGGAACCUACUCCUGGACCAGGCAGGUCACAUCCGACUCACGUAUUUUGGCCAGUGGUCAGAGGUGGAGCCCCAGUGCUGCAGGGAGGCCCUCGACAACCUCUACAGUGCCCCAGAGGUGGGUGGGAUUUCUGAGCUGACCGAAGCCUGUGACUGGUGGAGCUUUGGGUCUCUACUGUAUGAACUGCUGACUGGAACGGCACUGUCUCAGAGCCACCCCUCGGGAAUCCAGCCCCACACCCAACUCCAGCUGCCUGAGUGGCUCAGUCGCCACGCGGCCUCCCUGCUAACUGAGCUGCUGCAGUUUGAUCCUACCCGGCGCCUGGGCGCUGGAGGAGGUGGUGUCAACAAACUAAAGUCCCAUCCCUUUUUCAGUUCCAUCCAGUGGAGCAAACUGGUGGGGUAGAAGGGGGUGGAGUAGGCGAUGGAAGCAGCUGGACUGGUCUGGAUCUCUUCUCUUUGCCUGCCACCUUGAGCUGGCCCCUCUAAAUCAGCGGCCCUCAGGCAAAAAACUCAAGGCAGCUGCCUCUCCCAGGCUUCUCCGUUGGGCUCAGACGGCUCAUUCCUACAGCCCAGGAAGGGCCUACAGAGUCCCCAGCCAGUUCUUGGAGAAGCCAUUUCUUGUUGGUGCUGAGGAGGAGGGACAGAGAUGUCAGCUUGGUUGGCAGGCUCCCAUCCGCCCAUCCAUCCUUCACCCAUCAGUCAACAUUCGCCUGCUGAGCGCACACCCUGUACCCUGAACAAGGACCAACCGUGCUAAAGGUGCCUUCCAUUGUAUUGGCUCUGAGCUGCUGGCCACCUGCUGAGCCAUGAGGUUUUGUGACUCCUUAUCCGCCAUGUGCCCCACUCAGGAUAUCUCUGGAGACUCAUCUCAGGAUACUAGUCCACUGACUCAGUGGACCCAAACCAGGGCUGCCCUGGCUGGUCAUCUUAGCCAAGCAGCUAGUGGGCCUCUCCCACCAGAGGCCAUUCCUGCAGGGGGUCAGGAGGCUGGGGAAGCAGGGAAGAAGUCUGUAGUCAGCAUGGGGGGAGGCAGGGAGCAGGAUGGCCCACUCUCAACUCCUGACCAUGACCCUUAUCUUGUGACUGCAGACUUUAGAGAGCAAAGGAAGGGAAGGCAGGAAAAUAAGGAUAAGGAGGAGUCAGGGGAGGGAGGAAGGCACAGCUCUGCCCCUUACAGCAGUUUUGGAAAUAAGGAGCUAGCCCUCUAGUGUGGAAAGGAAAACUGCCCCAUGGGUCUGAGGGGACACAAUUCAGGCUCCAGCCUGAAGCUGCUUAAAGACAAAUUGUACUCAUUAGGAUUCCCUUCUUGGACAUUCGUCCUGUUUACCAUUUUGCAUUUUAGUCUUGAGGGCCCAACUCAAUCCAGUGCCCACUGUGACUUCAUCUCCUUUUGAAGUGAAACCACAAAACAAACACAUGGAAUGAUUGUCCAAACUUUUAGCCAGAAGCAAGAUGUUUCUGGUCUCUCAAGAACUGGGGUAAGUAGUUAGUUACCCCCAAAAAACAAUCCCCUUCAGAGAUUUGGGGUCCCUCUUCUUCAUCAGGACUCAACCUGUCACUUGCGUGUGGCAACUAAACUUCCUUGAACCUCUGCCCCCAACUCCUUCCCUCUGGUGUGUCUCCAAGACCACCAGGUGGCGCCUCUGACGCCAUCCUCCAGUCUGGCUGCAAAGGCCCAGCUUUGCCUGAGGGUAGGACCUGUGUUGUGGGGAGGCCACACUUCUCCGGUCCUCAGGAGUAGUCUGGGGCAAAGGGGACAUGGGGAAGUGCAGCUUUGUACAGUCCUGGCUUUCCCUGGGGUUUGCCCAUAUCCCUCCACCCUCACUCCAAUAAAUCCAGCUGUUACCAACGGU